AUGUCAACCAAAACAACCACCCAACCCCCCCGUCCAACGAAGAAACCCGCCCCAGCCCCAGCAAAACCCCAAUCCACACCCGCAAAGAAACCCAUCCCCAGCUCCACCAAACCGCAAACCACCGCCACCAAAAAACCCGCCCCGGCCCCCGUAAAACCGCAAGCCAAACCCCCCAGCAACACAGCAGCGAAGAAACCCGCCCCGCCCGCCGUAAAACCCCAGGCGCCCAAAUCCACUUCCGCAGCCUCCAAAGCCCCAGCCCCGCGAUCGAGCUCGACAGCCAACGCGCUGCAGAAAGCCUCCCAACCCCAGGCCAAAGCGCAAGCGCCUUCUUCUGAUGAAGGAGGACAGCAAUCCGGCAACUGGAUCAGCCGCAUGGUGCAAGGGCAAGUGCAGCGGGUGGGCGAUUACGCGGGGGGGUGGGUGAACGGCGUCGGGAGCGGGGUGAAUAAGGUCGGGGAGGGGAUUGGGAAUAAAAUCACAGACCAAACGCGCUACUGGGGCCAAGGCGUCAGCGGCUACGGCAACGACAUCAAAGACUCCGUCGGCGUGGGCGGGGCGCGCGUCGCGACGGCAGGGAAUCCGCUGGGGAUGGCGGGGAUGGGGAGUGGGAAGGCGAAUGCGCCGGGGGGGAAGACGCAGCAGGGGAUUAGGAGUGGCGGAGGUGGGAGCGCGUCGAAUCCGUUGGGGUAUAGUGGGUAG